AAAUGGUUGAAAGGAUUGUUUAUUGCGCAGUAUCUAAUGCGAUAAGACAAGGCAGGAAGUUUGAAAAUUUGUGGAAAAAUCACGUGUUAUGUAGGAAUUGCUUCGCAAUCAGUUAUAUAUUGAACAAACGAUCAGAUAGGACUUUAGCCUUAAAAUCCACUUCGUCUCAAGAUAAAGGUGGAUUGGGAAGUAGCAGCAUUUUUGUUCAAGAUGGAAUUUAUAUUGAAGAGCUCCCUGUCAUCAUUAAAAAAACUAAUGAUGUUUAUGUUGUUAUUGAUGGAAAAGUGAAAGUAAAACAAGACGUAAGUCCCGAUUCUAAAACCUAUCAGUCUGUAGGUAUAAACCUGGAAAAUAUAAUCAAACUCAACAUCAGCAAUUAUAAUUCGCCCGAAGAGAUAUUUAGGUAUUUGGAAAUGCUACCGUCGAGUGAAGUGACUCCGUCUGUGGCAUUGACUCUUCUGGAAAGGAUAUUUGACUUAUUUUCUACGUAUCCCGACAUACGAACGUCCAUGCGGGAGAACGCUCAAGAAAAUUUCACGCAUCUGGCAGUACUGACUAAAUUAUGUGAAUUAAUUUGUGAAAGUGAAGACCCUAACAUUCUUCUUUCUGGAUUACAAGCAAUAAUAAAUGCUGAUUCUGGCAUGAAAAAUGAAAAUUAUUCACAAAUUAUAUUGCAAGAACUUUUAAUUAGAGUUACAGAAAGAAAGAUGAAAUUACAAGAAAUUUGUGAAUUAAUUGAAAUUUUAAAACAGGCUGGAAAUGAACAGUUAAAUAUAGAUAGAUUAUGGCAAAAUAUAAUUGACUGUUCUAAUGAAAUAAAUGAAGGCAAUAUCCUAAAAGUCUAUAAUAUUUUACCAUGUUUCAAAACAUCACAAAGGAUACUUCUAAAUUUUUUGUAUCAUCAAACGACAAAUUGUUUAACAAACUUAACAGGAAAACAGAUAGCUCAGAUUUUAAAAAUUCAAUGUAAUAUUAAGCAAAAAUUAAGAAAACUUCUAACGGUGAUUUCUUAUUGGACUAACGUAAACAUUCAUAUACUGAUGGAAGAAGACUUGAAAGAUAUUAUUUAUUAUAUGAAUAAUUUAGAUUAUUAUGACAAAAAUUUACAAAAAGCAAUAGAAAGAUUUAUGAAAGCUAAAGGAUCAAAAAUUCAGUCAACUGAAUUAAUGUGUGUUGUUGCUGAUUAUUGUAUUCAUUUUCAAUGGCAAAGUAAUAUAAUUUUAGAUUCUUUGAAAAAUUACUUUGUGAAUAAUUCUAACAGUUUAAGUACAAGGGAUAUAUAUAGUUUAGUUAGAAUAUUUGGAUUGCUGAAUUUCUUACCAGAUAAUUCUUAUCAGUUUUUUGAAACAGUAGAGAAUAUCCUUUCAGUUAAAUUUUCAAAUUUUAAUCCACAAAUGUUGAUAGAGAUUUUAUUAUCUUGUAUUUACUUACAAAGAUAUCCACUUAACUUCGUAAGAAGAAUAUUCAGCCCUGUAUUCUUGGAUAAAAUGAAUGGUAGCAAUGUUGAAAUGAUGAUAAAAGAGAAUGGUCGUCUACGAAGAAUAGAAUAUUUACUGCUAGAAGAUUUUGCAGUUAUUUUUAAUGGAAGGGAAAAGAUAUUAAGAAGUUUUAUAUUACCAGGACUUCCUCUAUUGGAUACAUACAUUAUUGAUUAUGUUAUUCAUUUUGAUGCAAAUGGUCUACCUUUACCAAACUAUGUUAUAGCUGGUAUUGAUAAAAGGGUAGCCAUUGUUAUUCAUGUGCCCGAACAUUAUUGUCUUGAUAGUGAGGUUUUGAUCGGAUUGCAGGCAACCAAAUUACGACAGUUGAAAAUCUUAAAUUUUCAUGUUGCUGAACUGGAGUAUAACAUCAUAGAACGACUAAGAAAUUCUCCGAAAGAAAGGCAUGAAUAUAUAAAAUCAAAGGUUGUGAUGCCUUUUAUGUUUUUGAAAGAAACAUAACUUCUACAAAUAAAUGUAUUUUUCUGUAUAUUUAGUUUAAUAUAAUAAACAGAAAAUGUUAUAAAAUUUUAAAA